AUGACGGAAGAAAAAGGUGCGAUCGAGGAAGGGCGGAUGCUGCUUCGCAGCGCACACAGCGCCGUCUUUGAAGCUAUGUAUGCUGCAGCUCAUGAGGUACACGAGAGCGCACGAGAGAAGUCUCCAAACCUGGACCUCGUGCCGUCAAUGGACGACGAUGACAUGCUAUGUGGAGCGCCGUUGACGUUGGAGGAUGCAGACCGGCGGUCCCUAAGCUUUCUUCUUAAGGAAGCAGAUGAGGUGCUGGACAGGUGGCUGAUCCACAUCGUACCCUGGGUUCAAGUAGCUGUACAGCAGGCUGACGGCAAGGGCAUAAAUGCAGAGGCGAUCACAGGCCUCUUACUGGUACGCCGCAACGGCACUGUGCGCUGGAGUCUACAGGGCCUCUUGAAGCAUGUUGAUGUUGGUUGGUGGUUCCAGGAGAACGGCGCCAAGCUGUUCUCUUCGGUUGCCGCUCUUGCUCGCGCUUGGCUUGGCCGCGUGUCCUUGAACGCGUUCCAAGAACGCGUGUUCUCGACGGGUGGCUUGAUAGUGAGCUCGCGGCAUACGAGCACUGAUAAUGAACGUGCUGAGAUGCAGGUCCUGCUCAAGCAAAACCGUUCUGAAAUCAAGCGGAUGGAGCCGCACGGCGGAAGCUCCGUCGUCUUGAUCGACAAUGUGCAAGUCUCUUAA